AUGGGACAUUGGACUAGGAAUUUCCCAGAGAAAAGCAAAUCGGUAAAAUGUUAUAAUUAUGGGAAAGAAGUGGCAGUAGUACAAAGAGAGCAACUAUCACAGCAACAAGGAAGGAACUACCAGCAAAGGACAAAUAAUAACCAACAACAGCCUAGAAGGGUCCUAUUGAAUCAGGAAUAUUACAAAGAGCAACAGGAACCACAAUAUUAUACUGAAUAUCAGCCACAAAUGGUAUACUACCAAAAUCAACCACCUAUACAAAACUACCAACAACAAUUGCCACCAUAA